AUGGGGCCGGUCUCCCAGCUGUACCGACACCUGAAGCUCCACAGUCCUGAGACCGCGGUCGAGCUGCGAGCGGUUCUCGAGAAGUUUCUGUUGAAACAGAGCGACUCGAACGGUCAAUCUUCCCGAAACCCCGGGACACACAUCGAUCAGUCGAAGCGUCGCGAAGCGACUGAACAUGACGACACAGACCUCCUUGCCAUGUUCCUGUCUGCUUCAGCGCAAGAGGCAGGACCUCUGCUCCGGCGUGUCUUCCUUUUGGCCUGCUUGCCACCUUCGUUGCUGUUGCCAGCAACCGUUCCGCCACGUUCCUCUGUCGAUCCGCUAGCUGAACAAUCCAAACAAGUAAAGCAUUUAGACUCUCAGUUAGGUCAACUCGUUUCAAAUGCAGAAACGAUACGGCAUUUAUCGGCGUCUGUCCUAGAAACGGCAGUUUCUGCAAGUCUGCCGAUGAACACGCAGAUGUGCAUUCGCUGGAACUUCUUGCGGAAGUCCAGCUCUAUCAGUGCCGCGUUGAGACGCCUUGGAAAUACGUUUUUAGGUGCGGAAAAUCCUCGUCUCGCCAUUGCCGCUUACACUGCUUCCCUCCGUUUCCUGUCGCACAUGAGCGACGCGACACAACCGCAUGCGGGACAGCUUCCUGCUUCUUGUCGCGAUUCAGCCGUCGUUCUGUCAAACCGAAGCGCAGCUCACCUCCGACUGGGAAACGCACAGGCCGCGCUGCGCGAUGGGACCGCUGCGAUCAGAUUCGAUUCUUCGUAUCCCAAAGCGUGGUUUCGCCGGGCCUCUGCAUGCGCGGCUCUCGUGAAAGGUCUGAAGUUUCGGAUUGCUCAGCUUCCCGCGGCUCUCGACCAGUGCUCGCGACGGAGCGAGGCCCGCGUUCGGUCCCCAGAACGUGCUCUGUCGGAAGAGAUCCGACAGCAAGCACGCCUGCUGGAGGAAGCUGUGGCGCAACUAAAGAAAGAAGCCGCAUACGCGUCAAGUGUCUGUGCUGCCCUUCGGGAACGCGAAGAGACUAAACGCAACUCCGAGACCCUCCCUGACGAAUCUCAAGGCGCCGCGGUCGAACUAACUGCCUCCUUGGACCGACCUUUACUGCAGAGCAGUGUAGCCACCGGUCUCCAAGGAGACGACAACUCGACUUUUGGGGCUUGCCGAUGCAUGCAUGCGAGACCAUCUGAAAUUCUCGAGGAGUACAGGCCAAGCCAUCGAAGUAGCCACAGAGAAAGGAACUCCAGGCACGGUCAGGCACAGUCCGGCAGCCUUUCGGAGGAGGCCAGCCUUUCAGAGUGUCGUCAAGAAAAAUUGACUUCAUUAGGAAAGCAGAACACUCACAUUGACGGCGAUACAUGCUCACUGCAGCUGGAACAGACGCCGGCAACCAGUCCAUAUCUGAAGUAUCUACACCCGCAACUGAGUGUGAAUGGGGAUGAGGCGACAGAUGGCCGUGGAGUCAUGCUGUCGCUUUCGAGUGAACAUUGUUCCAAGCGAACCGUUAACAAGAAGCGGGUCCAGACCGGAACAUCCGACGCAUGUUUUUCAAACAUCUCACCGCCAGAACCCCAGGUGCUCCUGCGCGAAUACCCCGUCGCUUCCUACUGUUCGCCGUCAGAGAAUUCGCCUCUGCCUCCUCUACUUGCGUUAGGGAGGAGCGAGGAUCUCGGCCAACUGUGGGAAGACUUUAUCAGCGACUCACUGUCUUCCUGUGGGUGGAAAGCCGUCUGCGCGGGCUGUUUCACUCUCGCUGACACUUGCUGGCAGGUUGACGAUGGAGACUGUCUUUAUGACAAUGACGAUGUGAUGCCAAACCGCCUCUGCUCUGCCGUCACUCUCACCACGCCUUGUGCCUUCUGCACCUCGGUUUUAUUCUGCUGCAUCGAGUGUAGGGACCUCUCCCACCAUGUUGUUGCCUGUCGCCGGAGUUUCGGGGCUUCGAAUAUACAGGAAACUGCUGGUCAACUGGAGUCUAACACACGGGCAACUAAUGGUGAAACAGCUUCUUUGAAAGAUCAUGCAACUAAUAGCCACAGAGCUGCUUUGUCUCGGAACAACGUGCCUGCUGCCAGUCCUGAUUGUGUUUUCGCACAGGUAGAAAGUGCAUCCACUGCCAUCUUUGACUGCAUAGAGCAGGCCGUUCUGAGUAUCAUCGAAUCUGCUUGUUCUCCAUACAGAGAUCCGCGGAGGAGUGAAGCAAUGGGCAUGCGGGCUGCUAAAGAUUGUCCUGCAGCUGCGUGUCGUGCUAGUUCCUGCCAGAAGAAUGAACUGCACAGUUCGACCGAAAUGUGUGCUGAAGUUGCCGAGUCUGCGGCAGAACGGUCUCAGGUGCUGAUCCAAGAAGCUGGCGUCGCACGAGAGAAAGUUGUGUCCACCAUCCUUCAAGCUACUGCACUCAAAGGUGACUGUUCAUCGGUAAAAACAGAAAAUGAGAAGGCAGGAGGAAAACGGGAAUUCCUUGUCCCUGCACGGGCACAGAACUGUUCAAGUGCCAACAUUUCACACAUUUUGCUUGCCGGGGCGAUCUCUAGUGCAGACGCGGUCAAAGGGAACAGAAGAGAGGUGGAGGCUUCUGCUCAUCCUUCUACCUACGAGGCAAGGUCCUCUGAAGGCCAGGCCAGCUUCAUGAAUUUGCAUGUGUCCCGUACAGCAGGUGGGUGUCUUGAGGACAGCACGCGUCAUGUCGCAAGGCAAAUAAUGGGGUUUUAUAUGAGUUUUAUGCCUCGUAAGGACUGUGAAAUUCAUGCAUUUGCAUCUCCCAGGGGCUGUGAGAAAACUACCACUAGGCCCUGCGUAUCCAGUCGAGGGGAAGCAGCCGAAGCCUUGACCUAUCUCGUUCCCCCUGUCAGGUGUUCGGCCUCGGAGAAAGCUUCCUUGGCAAGCUGUUCGUGGGCCGCUUCUCGCAUGCACUCUCUCGCCUGGCAUUUGCCACGCGAUCCAGAGACUUUAUGUGAUUUCGUCGUCAAUGCUGUCUGGAUUGCUGGAGAGUAUUUCUUCAGUCACUCUUCGAGUUUUGGAGGGAUGAGAGGACCAGCGGAAGCGAGAGGGGUCGGAGAGGCACAGACACAGGCGGGGCUGGCAUUCUCGGACGACAUCCAGAAAGGACAAGACAGAUCGAUGGACUGCUUCACCGGCGACACAGGGACGCUUCUUCUCAGGGCAGCACUUCGGGCAUAUGGGGCUGUUUGGAGCAACUCUUUUGGUCUUUCUCUAGUGCUGGACGAGAGUGACAGUGAUUGGAGCCUCGGUCGCGGUUUGUAUCUCUACGCCUCGCAGUUCAAUCACUCCUGCCUUCCUAACGCGCUUGCGGUGUUUGGCACCCGCGGGAGAGAACCGAAAGAAAAACAAGUGUCUCACAUAAAAGGCGACUGGGGUGGAACAGAAGUUUCAACUCAAAGACACAGCGACCCAUUCGUUACCGGGUGCCCCAUAGAAGUUCGUCUUUGCAAAGAAGAAAAUACUACGAAUCGAGACAACUGCGGGAAGAACCGUUCUAAAAUAGAAAUCACGCUGUCUUACGGGCCCCUUGCUGGACGAGGACGCAACGGGUGGAAAGAAAGACAGACUCUGCUCCGAACCGAGGCGUUGUUUCAGUGUCUGUGCAAGGUUUGCACAACGUGGCCGGCCGUAGUGGAGUUCGGAGGCUCUGACAACGCUCUCGGGUGUGGCAGCCAUUUCCUGCCUCUCCACCCCGACUUUUUUGGAGGCCUCCCCUGUCCUCGAUGCACCAGCAAUCCAGCCACCUGGGAAAAAGUUACCAAGGUAGCAGCACUCUCCGUUGACUGGGCGACGGGUUUCCCAAAAUCUGACGGAAGAACAGCGAAAUCUCUGAAGUAUUUGAAUCUUGGCGGUCGAAUACCUCAAAAGGACGCUCUUUUAGAUGCAGUGCGUGCCUUGAUGUUAGACAGAGAGGAUCGGCGAAUGCAAAAACGCAUGUGGGCCGUGCAAGGCUCACCACAGCAGGGCCACGCUUCUCACCGACAGUCGGCUUUUUCGCUAGCAGACGUAGAACGAGGUUUCCAUGGAGUAGCCGCGUUGAAGGGGGGACCUUUCCUGCUUCGUACGCUUGUCACGGCCAUGAAAAGAGCGACGAAUGUUGCGACAGGCAACAAGGAAAGCAGGGAAGCAGUCGCUAAUGCGAUAUAUUCACGGGAAAACAUUCCGGGGUCCCCUGAGAGAGUGCAUGCAUUGGCAACAGACUCGUUCACGCGCUGUACGGAUUCGGCGACUUUAGCGCUUCUGGGGCACUCUUGCGUGGCCGUGCCUUCAUGCGAUAGUCGCCACGGAGGUCCCGUGUGGCGGUGUGUCUGCUGUAAACACAUGUGGACGGGAGGAAGAGAAGUGUCUCGGUCUUUUGAGGAGCCGCGAUCUGCCAUUCUCCGCCGCAUUUUUGCGGCACGCUCUGCUGUCCAGAAGGCACUUCGGUUUUUCGCGAGAAAACCGCGGUCUUCGCCUCCAGAGAGGAACGAACGGGUCAGGAAAAGGGAGCAAACCGUUCGUGGAGAGUUGAGUGUAGCCACAGUCCAGCAUUUGCUCGAUGAGCUUUUGCUUGACGCUGUUAGAACAACCGGACAGCUGUCACACGAAGUCUGUGAGGUCCUCGACCUUCGAGCUAUGCUUGAGAGCGGGUGUGCACACUCGCCGUUUAGCUGCGACGGUAAUUCGUGGGAAGAGAGCGGAUGGACAAAGGCACCAUGCGCCGCUUCUGCGAACAAAGAGGCCUCGAAGUGCGAGCCGGAUUUUGCGAAUGACUUGACAAAUGGGGAGGGAAGUCACGCAGCCGCGUUCGAGGCGCUUCUCGGCGCCGUGUGGGUCCUUUCCUUGCGGUACGAAUUGGGCUGGGCACAACCAGAGGUGUGUGUAGAGUUGUACAAAUGUGCCUGUUUAGCAGGGAACGCUGGCGCGAUGGCAGAAGCCACGCUUCUCACUCUGGCAGCUGAAACGUCCGCGACCAGAUGCUAUGGCGUGCACCAUCGCAUUUCACAGAUGGUCCGCAACUUGAGGGAAGCUCUGCCCACUCCAGACAACGGUGUUUUGUCCUAACUGU